AUGGACAUCACAGUACAUCUUAAAAUGACAAAUGGGACUGCCUGCUACCCCUUGGUGCUGCUGCUGCAGCUAGAGGACCAUGACUUUUCUGACCCCCUCAUCCCCAAUCCCUCUUUAACACGUCCGGCGGGAGUCGUGGAGGAGCCCGGCAGCGGGGGGCCCUGUUGGCUGCAGCUGGAGGAGGUGCCGGGGCCCGGGCCGCUCGGGGGAGGGGGGGCCCUGCGCUCCCCUUCCUCGUACUCCUCAGACGAGCUGUCCCCGGGCGAGCCCUUGACUUCGCCGCCCUGGGCCCCUCUGGGCGCCCCCGAGCGGCCGGAGCAUCUUCUGGACCGGGUUCUGGAGCGCCUGGCCGGUGCGGCCACCAGGGACAGCGCCGCCUCAGAUAUCCUGCUGGAUGACAUCGUCCUCACCCAUUCCCUCUUCCUCCCGACGGAGAAAUUUCUGCAGGAGCUUCACCAGGUCAGCUUUGUUCGGGCAGGGGGCAUGGAGGGCCCCGAGGGGCUGGGCCGGAAGCAGGCCUGUCUAGCCAUGCUUCUCCAUUUCUUGGACACCUACCAGGGGCUGCUGCAGGAGGAAGAGGGGGCUGGCCACAUCAUCAAGGAUCUGUACCUGCUCAUCAUGAAGGAUGAGUCCCUUUACCAGGACCUCCGAGAGGACACUCUGAGGCUGCACCAGCUUGUGGAGACAGCGGAGCUAAAGAUUCCAGAGGAGAGCCAACCGUCUAGCAAGCAGGUGAAACCACUCUUCCGCCACUUCCGCCGGAUAGACUCCUGCCUGCAGACCCGAGUGGCCUUCCGGGGCUCUGAUGAAAUCUUCUGCCGGGUCUACAUGCCUGACCACUCCUAUGUGACCAUACGCAGCCGCCUUUCAGCAUCUGUGCAGGACAUUCUGGGCUCUGUGACAGAGAAACUGCAGUACUCGGAGGAGCCCGCAGGGCGUGAGGAUUCCCUCAUCCUGGUAGCGGUGGCCUCCUCAGGAGAGAAAGUUCUUCUCCAGCCAACUGAGGACUGUGUUUUCACCACACUGGGCAUCAACAGCCACCUGUUUGCCUGUACACGGGACAGCUAUGAGGCCCUGGUGCCCCUCCCUGAAGAGAUCCAGGUCUCCCCUGGAGAUACAGAGAUCCACCGGGUGGAGCCAGAGGAUGUCGCCAAUCACCUUACUGCCUUCCACUGGGAGCUGUUCCGAUGUGUGCAUGAGGUGCAGAUGGAGGCUGGCACUCUGCUGGGGGGCUGGAGGGAGAGGUGCCAGUGGGAGACUGUUCCCCGUAGACCCUCCUGGCUAGAAGGUUCGAUGCUCCACUCUGAUAUCCCUUUCUCCCUUCCAACUCUGCAGAAGCUUCCAGGGAAAUUCAAGAACUUGUUCCGCAAAUUUGAGAACCUGACGGACCCCUGCAGGAACCACAAAAGCUACCGAGAAGUGAUCUCCAAAAUGAAGCCCCCUGUCAUUCCCUUUGUGCCGCUGAUCCUCAAAGACCUGACGUUCCUUCAUGAGGGGAGUAAGACCCUUAUAGAUGGUUUGGUAAACAUUGAGAAGCUGCAUUCAGUGGCUGAAAAAGUGAGGACAAUCCGCAAAUACCGGAGCCGGCCCCUUUGCCUGGACAUGGAGGCGUCCCCUCAUCACCUGCAGACCAAGGCCUAUGUGCGCCAGUUCCAGGUCAUCGACAAUCAGAACCUCCUCUUCGAGCUCUCCUACAAGCUGGAGGCAAACAGUCAGUGAGGAUGGAGGCUCUGCUCAGCCUCCACCAGGGUCCUUGGACACCUGGCACUCAAGCACUUUGCACGAUGUCUCAACCCACAUCUGACAUCUUUCCUCUGGAGCAACCUCCUGCUCACGGGAAAGAGGUGGAUGGACUUAAUCUGGACUCCUAAGCUUGUUCAUCCUGCUGAAGUCCUCUCCCCACUCCUCCUUCAAUCCAAAACCAUACUUUGCUGGUCCCUGUCCCUUCCAGGAAAGGGAACAGAGAGCUCCUUCCUCUGUCUCCUCCCAUCGAGGUCUGUUCUAGAGAUGGAGUUUCCAACCACCUCUUCCCAAGCAGGAAGGAAAGUUGCCCACCCUCCCAUCUCGCGGAGCAGGAUUGUGGGAGGGAUUGUGCUAGGAGGCCCUUUCUACCACCUGUCUGGCUUCUCCCUGGUCAGGGCUGGGUCCCCUGGACGUGCUCCCCUGGAAUAUUAUAUUGCCGUGUGUGUGUGUGUGUGUGUGUGUGUGUGUGUGUGUGUGUGUGUGUGUCCGUCCCCUUUUAGGGAGCAGGAGUGCAUCUGGUAACAGGGAGGGUGUUAUGUGUGCUGGAGGGGCGGUCCUUCUGUUUGGUGCUACCCUUGUCUACUCGGCCCUGGGAUAGUGCAGGGUGGCUUCCCUGCCCCCAGCACUCCCUGCUCAGGUCCUCGUGCUGCCCUGCAUGUUCAGGCUUGUGGGCCAAGCUGCUUCUAAGGGCUGAGAGCAGCAGCAGGCAGGAGGGGUUACCCAUCAGCCCUUGAAAGUCUCUCAGUCAGGCCUCCAGAGGGUCC